UUGAAACUGAUGUGAAAGAUCAUUUCACUGUGUUCUGCUGUAAACUGAGCGCAGAAGGAGAUAGACCAGACCUUGAAUAUCUAGAAGAGCAGCGUGACCUGAACCACAACUGAGCCGCAGCCGGCCCGGUGCAACAUGGACGAGGACACUUCAGAGCAAGUUGGACCCUCACACACAAAAGGUCAGGACCACAGACUGAGAGCAGAGUCUCCAGGGUCCAGCUGUCUGUCUCUGAAGGAUGACCAGUCCAUGGCUCAACCUCUAGAAUUCAGUAAAGAACCUGGACCCUCACAUACAAAAGGUCAGGACCACAGACUGAGAGCAGAGUCUCCAGGGUCCAGCUGUCUGUCUCUGAAGGAUGACCAGUCCAUGGCUCAACCUCUACAAUUCAGUAAUGAACCUGGACCCUCACACACAGAGGAGAGGAAGAGGAGUCAUGUUUCUGAGGAAGAGCAGUCGUCCUGCUGUGCUUGGUGUCAGGACGUCCUGAAGGAUCCAGUCUCCACCAGCUGUGGACACUGGUUCUGCAGACAGUGCAUCACCUUACACUGGGACCAGUCUGGCUCUUCAGGAGAUUCCUCCUGUCCCCAGUGUGGACAAAGAUCCAGAACAGGAGCUGGAGCAGAUCGUGGUCUGCAGGAGGUUUUAGAUGAACAUAAGCUCAGUCUGAGGAGGAGAUGUGAACAUGUGACUGAAGGAACUGAUAAAACAGAAAUUAGAACCCUCCUCAACAAGAUCUUCACUGAGCUCUACAUCACAGAGGGACAGAGUGAAGAGGUUAAUACUCAACAUGAGGUGUGGCAGCUUGAGACGGCUUCCAAGAGGAACCUCCGUGACACUCCCAUCAGGUGCCAGGCCAUCUUUAAAGCCUCCACUGACCAGCAGAGCAGCAUCAGAGUCGUCCUGACCAACGGAGUCGCUGGUGUUGGAAAAACCUUCUCGGUGCAGAAGUUCACUCUGGACUGGGCAGAGGGUUUAGAGAACCAGGAUGUGGAUCUGCUGGCUGUGCUUUCGUUCAGGGAGCUGAACCUGGUGAAGGACCAGCACAGUCUUCUCACGCUGCUCGGUGUUUUCUAUCCAGCGUUACAGAAGCUCACGGCAGAGACGCUCGCUGUCUGUAAACCUUUGUUCAUCUUAGACGGCCUGGAUGAAAGCAGACUUCCUAUGGACUUCAACCACAGGGAGCUUGUGUCUGAGGUCACACAGAGGUCAUCAGUCAACGUGCUGCUGACGAACCUCAUCCGGGGGAAUCUGCUUCCCUCGGCUCUCGUCUGGAUAACCUCCAGACCUGCGGCGGCCAAUCAGAUCCCUCCUGCACUUGUUGACAGGGUCACAGAAGUACGAGGCUUCACUGACGAACAGAAGGAGGAGUACUUCAGGAAGAGAUUCAGUGAUAAAGAGCUGAGCAGCAGAAUCAUCUCACACAUCAAGACGUCCAGGACCCUCCACAUCAUGUGUCAAAUCCCAGUCUUCUGCUGGAUCAGUGCUACAGUUCUGGAGCACAUGCUGAUCACAGACCAGAGAGGAGAGCUGCCCAAGACCCUGACUGACCUGUACUCACACUUCCUGAUGGUUCAGACAAAGAGGAAGAACCACAAGUACGGUGAGGGUCAUGAGACGAGUCCACAGCAGCUGACUGAGGCUGACAGGGUCGUUCUUCUGAAGCUGGGGAGGCUGGCGUUUAACAAUCUGGAGGAAGGAAACAUCAUGUUCUACCAAGAAGACCUGGAGCAGUGUGGUCUCAAUGUCACAGAGGCCUCGGUGUACUCAGGAGUUUGUACUGAGAUCCUCAAAAGAGAGUGUGUGAUCUUCCAGAAAUCCGUCUACUGCUUUGUUCAUCUGAGCGUUCAGGAGUUUCUGGCUGCAGUCUACAUGUUCCACUGUAACACACACACAGAAGAAGUCAACAACUUCUUGGGAACAUAUGGGGACACAGACAGUACCUUCUCCCUGUAUGACCUCCUGAAGAGAACCAUGAAGAAAUUCCUCACCAGUACAAAUGGUCAUCUGGACCUGUUUGUUCGCUUCCUUCACGGCCUCAGUCUGGAGUCCAACCAGAGAGUCUUAGGAGGCCUGCUGGGUCAGACAGGGAACAAUCCAGAGAUCAUCCAGAGAGUCAUCAACAACCUGAAGGAGAUGAAUAGUGAUGCCAUUUCUCCUGACAGAAGCAUCAACAUCUUCCACUGUCUGACUGAGAUGAACGACAUCGCAGUUCAUCAGCAGAUGAAACAGUUCCUGACGUCAGAGAACAAAUCAGAGGAGGAACUCUCUGAGAUCCACUGCUCAGCUCUGGCCUACAUGCUGCAGAUGUCAGAGGAGGUUCUGGAUGAUUUGAACCUGGUGAAAUUCAACACAUCAGACCAGGGUCGACGGAGACUGAUCCCAGCUGUGAGGAACUGCAGGAAGGCUGUCCUCUUUAAUUGUGGACUCUCAGAGACACACUGUGAAGUCGUGGCCUCAGCUCUGAAGUCAGACCCCUCACAUCUGAGAAAACUGGAUCUGAGUAAGAACAGGCUGCAGGAUUCAGGAGUGAACCUGCUGAGUUCUGGACUGGAGAGUCCAAACUGUCAACUGGAGACUCUGAGGUUGAAGUACUGCAGACUGUCAGAUAUCAGCUGUUCUUCUCUGGCUUCAGCUCUGAGGUCAAACCCCUCUCAUCUCAGAGAACUGGAUCUGAGUAGAAACAACGACCUGAAGGAAUCAGCAGUGAAGGAGCUGUGUGAUUUUCUACAGAGUUCAACCUGUCAACUGGAGAAACUGAGGUUGAGGGGCUGCAAACUGUCAGAGAUCAGCUGUUCUUCUCUGGCUUCAGCUAUGAGGUCAAACCCCUCUCAUCUGAGAGAACUGGAUCUGAGUUUAAACGACCUGCAGGACUCAGGAGUGAAGGAGCUGUGUGAUUUUCUACGGAGUCCAACCUGUCGACUGGAGACUCUGAGGUUGGAGAACUGCAGACUCUCAGAGAUCAGCUGUUCUUCUCUGGCUUCAGCUCUGAGGUCAAACCCCUCUCAUCUGAGAAAACUGGAUCUAAGUAACAACAGGCUGCAGGACUCAGGAGUGAAGGAGCUGUGUGGUUUUCUACAGAUCACAACCUGUCGACUGGAGACUCUGAGGUUGGAUCAAUGCAGUCUGUCAGAGAUCAGCUGUUCUUCUCUGGCUGCAGCUCUGAGGUCAAACCCCUCUCAUCUGAGAGAACUGGAUCUGAGGCUAAACGACCUGCAGGACUCAGGAGUGAAGGAGCUGCUUGAUCUAAAGCAGAGUUCAACCUGUCAACUGGAUACUCUGAGUUGGAGGGGGUGGUCUUUGUGAAGCUGAGUGUGAAGAGGACAGUGUGAAGAGGACAGUGUGUGUGGACGGAGGCUGAGCUGUGUCCUGAGGAUCCAGAGGCUGAAGCAGCAGCAGCUUGUGUGUAGUCUCCAAUCUACACAACCCCUAAUCUGCAUGUGUUUGUGAGAUGAAGCCGGAGCACCUGGAGAAAACACGGGGAGAACAUGUAGACUCCACACAGGAAGACCCCAUCUGAACCGGAUUCAAACCAGCAAUCUUCUUGCCCCGAUUAUGUUUAUUCACAUGAAGAAUGUGUUUAUUAAAAUAAGACACAACACAAGCAGAAUAUAUAAACCCUCUAUAAAGAGUCACAUACAGUGUGUUUAAAUUUGUCUUUAUUUUUUUCCACCUUUGUCCCUCAGUAUGUCUCCAUGUGUGUAGAACCACAUUCUGUGUAUAUGUUUGUUUAUGAUCUUAAAGUUCCUGGAUUCACGUCAUAAAUUGAUUUAGUCCAACACAAAGUUAAACACAAUCAAAUCACUUUGAGUUUAAAAUUACAGUUUUGUCUUUGACACAAAAGAUCAAAACUCUAGACUUAUAAAUCGGACGUUUUCAUUUUUGCAUCAGGUGCAUGUAAAUGUUUUGGGCAAUAACUCGAGCUGCAGCCAUUGCCUGUAGUACCUUUCAUGUCGUGU